AUGGGCCUGUGUUUCUCGCGCGGCGAUGCGACGCCACCGAAGAGGAGGAAGUCCAAGCGAAUCACGAAUCAGUCGGCGGACGGCAGCUUGGGGAGCAGCCGGUGGGCGAGGAGUCGGUCGUCGAGGAAGGAGGAGAACCUGAUCCACGAGCGGGCCCUGGCGGCGGCGAUUCUCUUCCAGCAGCAGAUGCAGGGCGGGGGAGGGGUGGCGGCGCCGUUUGAUAGGUCGACCUCGUUGAGGUAUCCGAACGGGAACUCGAGGAGGAGCCACGGGUUGCCUCGGAGCUCGAGCACUAGGGCGCGGUCGCUUACUGAUCCUCUGCUUCAGCCUCACCAGCUUGUUAGUCAGGAUUCUACCAAACUUGAGAAUCUAGAGACCAACCAUUUUGUACUUGUUCAUGGUGGUGGAUUUGGUGCCUGGUGCUGGUAUAAAACUAUUGCAUUGUUGGAAGAAGUUGGAUACAAAGUUACAGCUGUGGAUUUGACUGGUUCAGGAAUUCAUUCUUGCGACUCAAACAGUAUUGCAAGUCUUUCGCAGUAUGCGAAGCCACUGACUGAUUUUAUGGAAAGCCUUACCAACGAGAAGGUAAUUUUAGUGGGGCAUGAUUUUGGUGGAGCGUGCAUAUCGUAUGCUAUGGAGAUGUUUCCUUCUAAGGUUUCAAAAGCUGUUUUUCUUUCUGCGGCUAUGUUGACGAGUGGACAGAGUACUCUUGACAUUUUCUCCGAAAAAGUGGAAUCAAAUAAUCUAAUGCAACGUGCACAGAUUUUUCUUUACGCCAAUGGGAACAAUCAGUCACCAACUGCUAUUGAUUACGACAAAUCUCUCUUGAGGGAUCUGCUAUUCAACCAAAGCCCGGCCAAGGACAUUGCAUUAGCAUCUGUCUCGAUGAGGCCGAUCCCAUUUUCUCCAGUUUUAGAGAAGCUCUCUUUAUCCGACACGAAACACGGUUCCGUGAGAAGGUUUUAUAUAGAAACGCUAGAAGACAAUGCUAUACCGCUUGCUGUACAGGAAGGCAUGGUCAACAAAAGUCCACCCGAGGGGGUAUUCCAUCUCAAAGGUGCUGAUCAUGCGCCGUUUUUCUCGAAGCCUCAAGCCCUGCAUAGACUCUUGGUGGAAAUAUCAAGGAUCCCUUGA